AUGGUCUAUCUUGAUGACAUCCUUAUUUACAUGGAAACAUGUAAAGAACAUGUGAAACUGGUCCGCUCAGUGCUAAAAAAGCUCCGAGCAGUGGAACUGUAUGCAAAAUUGUGUAAGUGUGAAUUUCAUCAGGAGAAAAUUGACUACCUUGGGUAUCACAUCUCCCAUGAUGGGAUCAAGAUGGACCCAGCAAAGCAAGAUAAUUGGGUUGAGUUUUUACCUCAUGCUGAAGUGGCCUACAACAACUCGGUGCACAGCAGCACGGGUUUUACCCCGUUUAAAAUAGUAUUUGGCCAUGAUUUUGUACCUAUUCCAGAGGUACCACGAGAAAAGCCACAAGUCCUGUCCCUCUCAGAAUGGAGUGACCAACUCCGCAAAAUCUGGCCUUUGGCAUACCGGGUGCUGGAUGCUGCUCAUCGAGCACCUAAAAAUCAGACCGACAAGAAGAGAACGAAACCAAAGGAAUACAAGAUUGGAGAUCGGGUGUUUUUGUCUACCAAAUUUCUCCAAACCACCCAGAAGUCUAAGAAACUGGGUCCUAAAUACGUCGGUCCAUUUCCUAUUGUCGAAAAUGAACUGGAAGAUCUGAUUGAUGAAUUACUGGAGCAAGAUGGUGGCUCAGGAAAUAGUACUAUAAUAGUGGGACGAAGUGGAGAGGAUGAGUCUCAGGAGGAUGUGUUGAUGGAUGAGGCACCUUCCAAUCUGAGCCAGGCUUCCACACUACAGGCCAACAGGGAAGAUUCUAUGAAUAUCUUGGAUCCUGAAGAUGAGGAAGAGCACACACAGGAAGAAGACAGCAGUGGUAGCAAUGAGGAUGAAGAUGAUAGUCAAGAUGAGGAAGAAGAGGAGGAGGAGGAAGAUGAAGAUGAUCAGGAUGAUGAAGAAGGUGAAGAAGGUGAAGAAGAGGAAGAUGAUGAUGACGGCUCCGAGAUGGAGUUAGAUGAAGACUAUCCUGAUAUGAAUGCCUCCCCGCUGGUGCGUUUUGAACGCUUUGACCGUGAAGAUGACCUCAUCAUAGAAUUUGACAACAUGUUCUCCAGCGCCACGGAUAUUCCUCCAUCACCUGGCAAUAUUCCGGCCACUCACCCACUUAUGGUACGGCAUGCAGACCAUAGCUCUUUGACUUUGGGUAGCGGUUCCUCUACUACUCGAUUGGCCCAAGGCAUUGGUCGCAGCCAGAGGACAUUACGACAACUGACCGCCAAUACGGGACAUACAAUUCAUGUGCAUUAUCCAGGCACCCGACAGCCCAACCCACCUCUAAUUCUGCAGAGAUUGCUGGGUCCUUCAGCAGCCGCAGACAUCCUGCAGCUAAGCAGUAGCCUUCCACUCCAGAGUCGAGGUCGUGCUCGCCUCCUGGUAGGCAAUGAUGAUGUGCACAUAAUUGCUCGCUCGGAUGAUGAGUUGCUGGAUGAGUUCUUUCAUGACCAGAGCACAGCUACCAGCCAGGCAGGAACAUUGUCAAGCAUCCCAACUGCCUUGACACGCUGGACGGAAGAAUGCAAAGUACUUGAUGCGGAAAGCAUGCAUGAUUGUGUUUCAGUGGUCAAAGUCCCCAUUAUCAACCACUUGGAAGCCUUGAGGGAUGAAGAGCUAGAGGAAAGAAGAGAGAAAAGACGCAAGCAAUUGGCGGAGGAAGAGGCCAAAGUGUCUGAUAAGGCCAAAGAUUCAGAAGACAAGGAGCAGAAUCCUCAGGGACCAGUGCCACAGUCAAACAGUUCAGCUGAGCAGAAUCUCCCAGAUGGUGCCACCCAUCCCGACGGCUACCCCGCAGUCUCAGCUGCCGCCAAAGACACCUCGGCUGGCUCUAAGCAGACUCUGGUCACAUUGGAGAGCCCCCAGCAGCAGCAGCAGCAACAAGCAACAGGGGCAGGAGAGCUCCCUUCAGAGCUGGUGGGGCAGUCCACUGCUCAGGCUUCUGGGCAACUGCUGAUGCCAGUGGAGCAGGAGGACUCGGGCCCUGGGAGGCUGAGCACAGACGCUGAGGCCACGCAGAUGGAGCUUUCACCUGCCCCCACCAUCACUUCGCUCUCUCCAGAGAGAGCUGAAGACUCAGAUGCCUUGACUGCUGUCAGCAGCCAGUUGGAGGGCUCACCCAUGGACACCAGCAGCCUGGCUUCAUGCAAUCUGGAAGAAAGCGUGGCGGAGAGUGGUGGAGCUAGCACCGUGGAACAGGCAGGCACAGAUGCUGUGGUGGCAGCAGCCGAUGCAAGCCAACAAGGGCCAAACGCCCAUACUGCUAGGGAGGGCCAGCCUGAUCCCAGCCAGCAGGUGGAUGAUGGCUCUCCACCGGCAUCCUCUGAGAGCUCCUCCACCAGAGAUUCAGCUGUAGCCAUUUCUGGUGCUGAUUCUCGGGGCAUCUUGGAAGAACCACUGCCUUCCACCAGCAGUGAAGAGGAAGAUCCUUUGGCAGGAAUAAAUCUUCCUGAAGGUGUCGACCCAUCUUUUUUGGCUGCCCUGCCUGAUGACAUUCGACGCGAAGUGCUGCAGAACCAGUUGGGUAUCCGGCCUCCUGCCCGUUCAGCUCCUACCACCACGGCCACAACUCCAACACCUCCUGUAGUGGGCAAUCCUGGUGUGACAGAAGUCAGUCCUGAGUUCUUGGCUGCUUUGCCCCCAGCUAUCCAGGAAGAGGUGUUGGCACAGCAGCGGGCAGAACAGCAAAGGCGUGAGCUUGCCCAAAGCACAAGCUCAGACACACCCAUGGAUCCAGUGACUUUCAUUCAAACACUGCCAUCAGAUCUGCGGCGCAGUGUGCUGGAAGACAUGGAGGAUAGUGUAUUGGCAGUCAUGCCUCCUGAUAUUGCUGCUGAGGCACAGGCUCUGAGGCGAGAACAGGAAGCCCGCCAGCGUCAACUGAUGCAUGAGCGUCUCUUUGGCCACUCUAGCACUUCUGCCUUGUCUGCUAUUUUGCGUAGCCCAGCCUUCACAAGUCGAUUGAGUGGAAACAGAGGUGUCCAGUAUACACGCUUAGCUGUACAAAGAGGAGGUACCUUCCAGAUGGGUGGUAGCAGCAGCCACAGCAGACCUUCAGGCAGCAAUGUAGACAGUCUGCUGCGUUUGCGUGGACGCCUUCUACUGGACCAUGAGGCCUUGUCCUGUCUGUUGGUCCUGCUUUUUGUAGAUGAGCCAAAGCUGAACACAAGCCGGCUUCAUCGGGUGUUGCGGAAUCUUUGUUAUCAUGCGCAGACACGAAACUGGGUGAUUCGGAGCCUACUUUCCAUCCUGCAGCGCAGCAGUGAGAGCGAACUGUGCGUGGAGACGCCCAAGGGGACUGUGGCACCAGAUGACAAAGGCAAAAGGGCAGCCAAAGGCUGUGGUGCAGACAGCCGGCCACUCGACCUGUUGCAUAAAAUGGAAUCCAAAAGCUCGGGGCAACUUUCUUGGCUCUCAGUUUCCAUGGAUGCAGCUCUGGGUUGUAGAACCAACAUCUUCCAGAUCCAGCGAGCUGGAGGCCGCAAGCACACGGAGAAGCAUGCUGCCGCUGGUUCCACGGUUCACAUACACCCACAGGCUGCCCCAGUGGUCUGCCGUCAUGUACUUGAUACUCUCAUUCAACUUGCCAAGGUGAAGACACUGGUCUGUUUCUCUUCUCUUCAGUCGGAGUCAAACCAAGCAGAGGGAUCUGUAAGGAGAGAUGAAUCCCCAAUGGAUGUGGAUCAGCCAUCACCCACCACGCAAGACACCCAGUCAGUUGUGUUGGAAGGGGCCCAGCAGGGUGAGAAGGAGAAAGAAGAGCGCCCUCCAGAUCUUCCUUUGCUCAGUGAGCAGCUUAGUCUGGAUGAAUUGUGGGACAUGUUGGGCGAGUGUCUGAAAGAGCUGGAAGAAUCCCAUGACCAACACGCUGUGCUUGUGCUACAGCCUGCAGUGGAGGCCUUCUUUUUGGUGCACGCGACAGAGCGAGAAAGCAAGCCACCAGUACGGGACACUCGGGAAAGUCAGCUGGCUCACAUCAAGGAUGAACCCCCGCCACUUUCACCUGCCCCACUGACACCAGCAACACCUUCUUCCCUUGACCCCUUUUUCUCCCGUGAGCCUUCAUCCAUGCAUAUCUCCUCCAGCCUUCCCCCGGAUACCCAGAAAUUCCUCCGUUUUGCAGAGACACAUCGGACUGUGCUGAACCAGAUCCUGCGCCAGUCCACUACCCACCUGGCUGAUGGUCCCUUUGCGGUCCUUGUUGAUUACAUACGUGUGCUGGACUUUGAUGUCAAACGGAAGUAUUUCCGGCAAGAAUUGGAAAGGUUGGAUGAAGGGCUGAGGAAAGAAGAUAUGGCUGUGCACGUGCGUCGAGAUCACGUCUUUGAAGAUUCUUACCGGGAAUUGCAUCGCAAAUCACCUGAAGAAAUGAAAAACAGGCUGUACAUAGUAUUUGAAGGAGAAGAGGGCCAGGAUGCUGGAGGCUUGCUACGUGAGUGGUACAUGAUAAUCUCACGGGAGAUGUUUAACCCCAUGUAUGCGCUUUUCCGCACAUCGCCUGGUGAUCGGGUUACCUACACCAUCAAUCCUUCUUCCCACUGUAACCCCAACCACCUGAGUUACUUCAAGUUUGUCGGGCGCAUUGUGGCAAAGGCAGUAUAUGACAAUCGGUUACUAGAAUGCUACUUCACCCGUUCCUUCUACAAGCAUAUCCUGGGCAAAUCAGUCAGGUACACAGAUAUGGAGAGCGAGGAUUACCAUUUCUACCAGGGACUGGUGUAUCUCCUGGAGAAUGAUGUCUCCACGCUGGGCUAUGAUCUCACCUUCAGCACUGAGGUUCAAGAAUUUGGUGUAUGUGAGGUACGUGACCUCAAGCCCAACGGAGCCAACAUUCUUGUGACUGAGGAAAACAAGAAGGAAUACGUGCACUUGGUGUGUCAGAUGAGAAUGACAGAUCCAGUGGUUCUGGCGAGCACUGCGUUCCUUUGAUCAGGCUGACAGAGCGAAGUUCCUGCAGUUCGUCACUGGCACGUCCAAGGUGCCCUUGCAGGGCUUUGCUGCCCUAGAGGGCAUGAAUGGUAUCCAGAAAUUUCAGAUCCACAGAGAUGACCGCUCAACGGACAGACUGCCUUCUGCUCACACGUGUUUCAACCAGCUGGACCUCCCUGCCUAUGAAAGCUAUGAGAAACUGCGUCACAUGCUGCUACUGGCCAUCCAGGAAUGCUCAGAAGGCUUUGGCCUGGCAUAAGGGUGGCUCCAGCUGCCAUAUUUUUCUACUGUCAGACUUGGGGAGCAACGGGAGGGAGUGGAACCAAGCGAUGCUCCUCCUCCUUUUCCAACCACCUGUGUGUGUGUGCGUGCCCUGCUGCCCCCUUACUGAAGAGAGCCACAAAACCCCAGCCGUCAUUGGAGGCGGAGCAGGGUGGGGUGCAACCCGGAGAGAAAAAGACAAAUUAUAUAUACAAAUAUAUAUAUAUUUUUUGGUUUAGUUUGCAUUUCUUAAUUUGUGCUUGGAAUGUGUUGAUUAGGCGGCGGGAGGGAGCAUUUGGAUUCUUUUGUUGGUCUCUUUCCUUGGCACCCAUUUGCUGCUGGAAGGGAACCUAAGGUUUAAAAAAAUUCCAAAAAAGGAAAAAAAAUAAAAGCCCACUCUUGAU